UUCUCAUUCAUCACACUCUGCCUCUGCAUAGUCUAGCAUUAACCCAUUUGUAAAUGGCCUUUUUCCAACUCUUAUUGAGAGAAAAAGAGAAGGAAAAAUAAAAAAUGGCAGCCUGCUCGUACCAUCAAUGUGCACUGCUACCAUCUUCUGUCUGUCUCCAACACCAUCACCACAAAUCACCCUUCUUCCAUUGCACAACAACAUUAUCACUCACAACAGCCACAACAAAGCAGGGACUAGCAGGACGACAACGAGGAGGAGGAGGAGGAUAUGGGAGGAGGACGGUGGUGAGGUGUGGGAUCGGAAUAGGGGAUUUCAUUGGAGGAGAUCUUGUGAAAUUUGAUCUGGGGAGGUGGUUGUCGGACGUGGAAGAGCACAAAGCACUAGCAAUAUACUCUCCACAUGAGGGAGGGUACGAGGGGCGAUACCUCAACAGGCUCAGGUACCAGGGCUACCACUUCCUGGACCUCUCUGCUCGUGGCCUCGGCGACCCCGAGGCCACUCUCACCAAGAUUCACCCUGUCUGCCCUGCUCACUUAGGGAAGCAACCAAUAGCAAGAUGGUAUUUUCCACCAGAAGUGGAUUAUAGGCUCUCAUUGUUGCCUCCAAAUGCCAAAGGAUUAGUGGUUUGGAUCCUUGAAGCCAAGGUUUUGUCGAAGGCCGAACUGCAGUUUCUAGCUUUGCUUCCCUCCCUCCGCCCUAAAGUCAGGGUCAUCGCAGAAUGCGGAAACUGGUAAAUCUCUCAUUUUUUCCAGCAACACUACGUGCACAGAAAAGUGCAAAAAAGAGAAAGUUCAUGUGGAAGCCACUCAAAGAAAUUGCAGCAUUACCAGCAAAUGAGGGAGCAUGAUAUCCAGAUUGCUAUACAAUCACAACGAACACGACAAACACGUCUACAAAUUCACAGUUCAGGGGCUAUGCUCUCUACUCAUCCUCCAAACAAAACAUGGGUUUUCAUGCUGUACCAUGAUUGAAAGAAUGUUAAUCCAUAAUUCAUUCCUAAGUAUUCAAUAACAGCAAUGGUAACAAAUUA